AUGGAGGACCACGUCGGCCACGUUCGCGCAGUAUGCGCCGUGUUGCGCAAGGAGAAGCUUUAUGCUCGACUCUCCAAAUGUGCGUUUGGUCGUAACGAGAUUGCAUUUUUAGGGCAUAUGGUUUCCGACGAAGGUCUGCAGGUCGACCCAAAGAAGACCGAUGCUAUUGCACAGUUUCAAGCUCCGACGUGUCGCAAGGAGCUGCUGAGUUUUCUCGGGCUGGCUGGGUAUUACCGUCGCUUCAUCUGCGAUUUUGCCAAGCUUUCACGUCCUCUUCGAGCAUUAUUCAAACACGAGACUCGCUGGAGCUGGGGAGAGGAUCAACAGCGAUCAUUUAACGCGUUAAAACUCGCACUUCAGCAGGCUCCGACGCUAAAGCUGCCAGACUUUACGCACCCUUUUAUCGUCACUACGGACGCGUCUGGGUUCUGCAUGGGCGGUGUCCUCUCUCAGCGCAUCAAUAAUAGCGAUCACGCCAUCGCACUUUAUUCGAAGCAUCUGGGCCCCCACGAAUUAAAAUGGCCCGCUCAUGAAAAAGAGCUGCUAGCAAUCAAGACUGCUUUAAAAAAAUGGCGCCCGUAUCUCCACGGACGACACUUUUCAGUCUACACCGACAAUUCAGCGUGCAAAUGGAUGCUCCACCAUCCUAAAGUGUCGCCCAAGAUGGCACGCAUGCUGACGUUCUUUUCCCAGUUCGACUUUGUCUUACAUCAUGUUAAAGGACGGUCUAACGUCGUGGCCGAUGCAUUAUCUCGACCGGCCGUAUCCGAAUAUCCCUCCAGCGUGCACGCUGUGCCUACGUGCCCAGUUCCCGAUCUGUCGCACGUCGUACAUGAAUGUACGGAUGCUUGUGCCCUCAACUCUCACCUUUUGCAGCAACACAUGGUUCACUCCGCUCUCAUGCGGUCCAUUCCGCUCGAAGUCGCACACCUUUUACUUGACGAUGUGGAGUUGCGGGGGGAGUCUCGUCCGAUAGGAAUCGCUCAGGAGCAAAUCCACAACGCUGUGUUUCACGUGGUGCGCGCACAUCUCAGUGACAAAGUGCGGAAAACUAUCCAGCAAGGAUAUCACACAGACAAUUUUUUCCAAAAGAUCUGGAGAACUCAACAAUCGAAGGACAACUUCAUAAUCGACAAAGGACUCAAACAUGUCAAACAAGACGAGGCAAUGCAACAGAUAUGCAUCCCAGACAUACCAGAAAUAAAGACGAAGAUUCUAUACGAGUUUCACGAUGCAGCCACAGCGGCACAUCCAGGAGUGCGCCGAACUUACAUAAAGCUAAAGCAAUGGUACUACUGGCCGAAGAUACUUGAAACCGUGCAGAAGUACGUGGAGACAUGUGAAACAUGCGCGCGAUGGAAUUCUAACAGCCAGCGGAAGAAAAGAUUAAUGAUUCCUAUUCCCGUUCCGGAAGAAUGCUGGGAAGUAGUAUCAAUGGACUUCAUUACUGGGCUACCCGUGUCGGAAGGCUAUGAUGCUAUUUGCGUCGUCGUAGACAAGUUGUCAAAGAGGCCGAUUUAUGCACCGACAUAUACGACUGCCGAUUCGAAAGAUACCGCAGAUCAAUUUUUUGACGCUGUAGUCCGACAUCAUAAAUUGCCGAAGGUUAUUAUCAGCGAUCGGGAUCCAAAGUUCACGGCGAACUUCUGGAAAUCACAGAUGAAUAUAAUGGGUGUCAAGCUAAGCAUGACGACCGCUCAUAGAGCGCAAUCAGAUGGGCAAACGGAGCGCCAAAACUUGGUGUUGGAAGACGCUUUACGCUGCCUGGUAUCGUACAGUGGCGACAAUUGGGUCAAACUACUGGGUACUGUAGAGUACGCGCACGCUACAUCGGUGAACGCAUCUACUAAGCUCACCCCGUUCGAAAUCGAUACUGGGAGAAAGGUAUUCAAUCUGAUUUCGUAUGAAUACGGAGGCCACGCUGAUGUGGCAAAGUCACUACUCAAAUUUUGUACGAGGAUCGGUGGCCACACCUUUAAAGCGCUGCUUACUGGUGGAAAAGGAGGCCAUGAGACUCGGCGAUCCAAUACGGAGGUGGAAGAUGAUCUUAACGGGAUCGGCGAACCGAUCCAACUGUCGUUAGACUAA